GUCAGAGCGCAUGAUUGGUCGGGCUUGCACUGGCAAGGAUUGCCGCCCAGCUCAGAUCUUUCUACCGGACAAAUCUGAUCCGAUCGAUCAAAAUGUCGAGAUGCCGGUUCUUCUUCCUCAUCAGAGAACAUCCGUGCAACAGGACACACAUUCAAAGCCCAGAUGUCAAGUCUGCAGAGUAAACAACACGCCCACGGCCACCUAACUGACGAAGCCGACGCUCAUAUUCAAGUCCGAGUUAUCCAUGGCAUAGAAGACGGAGAAACCUCGUCGGCCCCUGUCUCGCGGAUUAUGUAUUGUCAGCAUAAGAAGGGAAUUCAAAGGAAUGAAUACGGGAGUCGUUUCUCGUCUUGCCUUUCUUGCCUUCCACCGCAUUCCCUGCUUCACCUAACACUAUGCCACUCGUGCCAACGCCCUCGCUAGCUCGCUGGGUCCAUCCUAAAUUCCUUCUCUGCGCCCUCCUUCUAGGUUACGGCGGGUACAACGUCGGUUUCCUCUCCAGAGAGUCUGUGGACACGUCCGCGCUUGUCAGCAUACUGCAAGGGGCUACGCGAGGCGAUCCACUUCGCGCACCCGUCGUUGGCCCGCGUCCGCCGCUGCUACAUCGACCGAACGCCGUCACGACUGUCCAAGCCGCGCACGCGACCGUCACGACUGUUGUUACCGAGUACAUCGCCGUGCCCCCCAGAGAGCCGGAAAGUCCCCGAGUCUUGAAAGGGUUGCCGACGGACGCUUUCCGAGAUAACUUGCAGCCCGGUACUCAGUACAUAACAAGCUGGCCGGGAUCGGGAUGGACAAACGACGUCAUGCUGGUUAUCAACUUGAUCUAUCUUGCGCUCCUCACAGAACGAGUACCGAUUGUCCCAUUCUUCGUCCCACUGCAUGUCUCCCAGAACAACUUCGAGCGCGGACAGACACUAGACUUUGGCGAAGUCUUCGAUAUUCCCAGGCUUUCCAAGGCGAUUAGGAAGCCUGUGCUCGAAUGGUGGGAGGUCAAGAAUCGUAGCACCGAGACAGUUGACACGUUGGGAUGCUGGAAUCUGUGGCAGGCGGUUUCAUCGAAGCACGACACGCCCCAUUGGACGCAUACUCCCGUCCGACUCAACAUCGAUGUGUCGUACACUCAGGCCCCCAGCUGGAUCCAACUCUAUGAGGAUGACUCGAAUCACAUGAAAUUCUCUUCCCUCUCUGCUUUGUCGUUCCCGCAGAAGCGCUCCGAGAGCUUGCUGGCACCUGCUCCCGCCCCGCGCACCGGAGCUGUUUUGCCUCCCGACCAACAAGUGCUCUGCUACGACAAUUUGUACUGGGCAAACGACCACGAGCAGCACGAACUCGAGAAGAGCGACUACAGCCCGGCGUGGAGGUUCGUCGGACACCAUCUCCAUUGGUCGAACAAGCUGCAGGAUAUCGGCGACAUGUACAUCCGGGAAGCAUUGGGUGUCCCUGCAACCGACCCCAUCCCACCGUAUAUUGCAGUGCACGCCCGUCACGGAGACUUUGUGGAGCGCUGCGACAUCCAGACUGCGGACGAAUGUUUCACGCCCCUCCCUGCCCUGGCGCGUCGUGUCGAGGAAGUGCAAUCCGAGCUGCUCCGGACGCACGGCCUGGCCGUGUCGUUGGUGGUCAUGACUAGCGACGAGAAGGAUCCCGACUGGUGGAACGAGGUGUCUGGGUACGGAUGGAAGCGGCUCGACCACAGCGAGACGGCGGAGCGGUACGGCUUCUGGUAUCCGAUCCUGAUCGAUGCCGUGGUCCAGUCGGGCAGCACCGGAUUCGUGGGCACGGACCAAUCAACGGUGUCAUUCCUUGCAGGUCGUCGAGUGAAAGGCUGGAGGAACGGCGUCACCAGGUUUGCGAAGUGGGGCAGUCCCCAAGCCGAUGACCAUUGAUUGUCUUGCGGGUUGUUUUCGAAGGACACUUCUUGUAUCCUGUUGUAUCUUGCUGUGACUUGUAUUAGCUAUUGAUAAUUGCUUUCGACCUGCUCAACCGGAGGGAAAUUCGAUUGAA